GCGGUAGGCGUAGAAGACAGUGAACACGGAAGACAGUUCCGGGUUCAUUAUUCACAGUAGACAGUAGUCGUUAUCAUUCUGUAGUUCGUCAUGGCACUUUUAAUGGAUAACCAAUUUGGAGAACUUCCAGUCGACAAAGCAGUGGAUACAAAGUUCUUCUUGGAGUCAGUGGCAUAUCUUCCGCCUUUUUUUGACUGCCUGGGGUCAAAAGUAUUUGUUCCUAUUAAAUCAGACAUCAGUGGCAAUAUAACAAAAAUCAGAAGUGUGUAUGACAAGGACCCUGCCAAGUAUGCAACACUACAGCAGAUAGUGGAGUCAGAGAAGGAGGCAUACGGCACAGAGUGGCCCAAAGUGGGAGCCACCUUGGCCCUGAUGUGGCUGAAGAGAGGUCUCCGUUUCAUCCAGAUCCUGCUGCAGAGCUUGGCAGACGGAGAGAAAGACGAAAACAACCCUAACCUCAUCCGUGUCAACAUCACCAAAGCCUACGACCAGGCCCUGAAGAAAUACCACGGCUGGCUAGUGCAGAAGAUAUUUAAGGCGGCGUUGCUUGCAGCACCCUACAAGUCAGACUUUAUAAAGGCCCUGUCAAAAGGUCAAGAGGUCACAGAGGAGGACUGCAUGGCUAAUGUACGCCAGUUCCUCGUCAAUUACACGGCCACAGUGGAUGCCAUCUAUGAGAUGUACACAAUGCUGAAUGCAGAGCUGGACUAUAGCGUUUGAUGUCCCCCAUACUGGACCGCAGCAGCAUCCUGCAUGUUACUUUCUUUCAGUCUUCUAUUUUUCAUCCUUUCUCUCAGGUGAUGGAACAUUCCAGCUUUUGAGGAUUGAGGACUUUAUUUCAAAGAAGCCAUUUUUAUUAGUGUGACCAUUUUUAUUAUUCAUUUUAUUUCCCUCCUUUUAAGUCCCUCCCUACUGAAUGUUGAUAGCUUGGCCCCUGGUGAGGUGCUGCUGGAGGGAAAGUGGCAUAUUCCGUGUUGAGUGUUUUCUAAAUUCAAGAAAUGUAAAAAAGGCAGGAAUGGUACAGGUCUUGUUGUUUAAGCCUAUUAAGCAGUCUGCUGCAGUUACACAUGAUCCACUAUCAGGUAAGAGACAUUUAGAAGUGAUAUCCUGAGAGCUGGUCAGUGUUAUUCUAGGACUGUAUCUCUCUGUGGGAGGGGAGAGUGUUUCUGCUAAUGAUUCAAGACUCAUGAAAUCCCUACUGUAACUCUGCCCUGAAACAUGAGAUAGUACCCUCACUGCCCUGUAGCUAGGGGAAAAGUCAACUACCCCGUGCCUUUAGAGAUUUUAACCAGCAUUAGUGGUUUUAAUGCUUAGUGCUGUCUAUUGUGUGACGUUUUGUUUGUGGCUUUUGCAUGUUUGUUAGAACAACUGAAUCUUUGAGUAGGGUUGCACUUCCUUCAUGUCUUUUUGAAAUACAUAUUUUCAAUCCCUUCAAUUUUUUCGACACAUUAUGCAUUUGACAUUUUAGUCAUUUAGCAGAUGCUCUUAUUCAGAGCAACUAACAGUUAGUGUAUUAAUCUUAAGGUAGCUAAGAGCGACAACCGCAUCUCACAGUCAUAGUAAGCAACAAAAAAAAUAGUAGCUAUCAGCAAAGUCAGUGCUAGACAAUGCCAAACAGUAUUUGGCACAUGCAUUUACAUGUCAGUUUCAUUCACUUUACGGUGUUGUACUUCAUGUGAUUUUGAAAGCUUGCUGUAAUAGCAAUAUUUUAUUUUAUUUCAAUGGUACUGUAUUUGCUAAUUGUUGGUUAUUCUAUAGUGCUGGUGAAUCAAAAGAACAAAAUUGAUUGGCUCAAAUCAGUUCAAAGAGCAUGGUCAAUGCAAUCUAUUUAUUUAUUUGCGAGAUACACGCUUGUGCUUGUCCUGUAUGUAUACCUGGAAUAUGGUUAUGUGCAUUGAUAACAUUGAAGUGAUUUUUCUCUUCCAAAGACUCCUCACUGGCAAACAGUUCAGGUCAAUCACAACCAAAACAUCCCCCCACCUGAACAGCUUCUUCCCCCAUGCCGUGGCCCUUACCAACCAGUCACAAUUAUCUCCUCAUUCAUGGACUAGGCACCCUGCACUUUCAUAGAACUGCACAUUGCUCCCGGUGUGGUCAUCUGCUGCAAUAGCCCAUCUGUGACCAAGAUCGAUGAGUUGUGACUUCCGAGAUGCCAUUCUGCACACCACUGUUGUACUGCACCGGUAUUUGUCUGUUUGUGGCCCUCCUGUUAGCUUGCAUGAUUCUUGCC